AUGUCUAACUACUCAGUGCGGGUCCAUUUUCAGCUAGAGAUUGACCAGGCCGGGUUGGGCUUCAUGGCCCAGUCCAUUAACUCUUAUCCUUUUCAAGGCCUCACAAGCCCAACUCAGCAAUUAGGACUUGAAUACUCCAUAGAUCAAAGCCAGCUAGGGUUUGAAAUCAUGAGGAAACUCCGACUAGUCUACUCCGACCCGGACGCCACCGACAGCUCAUCCGACGAGGGCGAUCGCAGCAAGACAGGGAACAAGCGACUGGUCCGCCUCAUCGAUCUCGCCGACGUCAAGGUCCCCCGUGAACUCAUCCCCCCGAAGAAACGGCACCGUGUCUCGGCGAACUCGAACGGCAACAACAACAGCAACCGGCCGUCCAGGAGCCCGUACGUUGGGGUCCGGCAGCGGCGUUGGGGCAGCUGGGCGGCCGAGAUCCGCAACCCGUUCACCAAGACACGGGUCUGGCUCGGCACGUUCGGGUCCGCCGAGGACGCCCGCGCCGCUUACCUGGCUAAGCGGCUCGAGUUCGACGCGGCCGCCCUAGCCGCCAAACCGAAAGCUGAGAUCGACAGCGACUGCUCAGUCGACGUGGGUAGCAGCAAUUCGAGCAAUUCGGUGUCGGGUACGGAUUCCGGUGAUUGUCACCGGUUGGGUUUGAUUGCGUCGAUGAUCAUCGACAAGAACGGGUUCCUGUUGGGGAAGUUUAGUCACAUGGAUGACCUGAGGAUUUGCGAUGACGUGGAGGAGGGGACCUCGGCGGCGUAA